AUGGCUUGGGGGGCUUGUUACCGUAAACCCCAAGGAGCUACCGGAGAUCAUUCGCCGGUAGAUGAGAAUUAUCAAAUACUAAUUGAUGGCAAUCCUUCAACCUAUAUACCGGGUCAACAAUACAAUCUUUCUCUUUCCGCUAGUAAUGGCCGCAAAUUCAUUAGUUUCACUUUAUUGAUGGAAGCAGAAUCUCCAGCUGCUGUCCUAACUACCAGCCCUAAUAAUGAAGAUUAUGUUCUGGGACGUUUUGAUAUCAUCGACAAUGCCGAAACAAAAUUCAGCACUUUGUGUGAGAAUAUGAUAGAGAGCAGUAAUACGAAUGCCAAAACUCGUAUCGAAGUGGCUUGGAUGGCUCCCUCUGACUCACAAAGUGGUUGUGUUCUGUUCAAGGCGGCCAUUUUACAGCAUCGUAAUGUAUGGUUUAUUGAUGGUGGUUUUCUAACAAAACACUUGUGUCCCGAAGAAAUCGAUGAGAUCAAUAGUCAAACGCCGCCUGUUAAUCCCUGCUGUGCCUGUGAUGAGGCUAAAUAUGAGAUUAUUUUGGAACGCAAAUGGAUGCGUAAUACUCAUGCUAAGAAUUUUCCUUCGGAGGCUUGGCGCACCAGAUUGGGUGAGGUUGUGGGGGCUUCCCAUCGUCCGGAGUUUCGUUUUUGGGAAUAUGGUGGCCGUGCCAGCCAGGGUCUGCAACAGUUGGGUGAACAUGGAGCUACCAAGACAUUGGAGCAGGAGAUCAAGGAACAUACCAGGACCGGCAACAUACGCACCAUAAUCAAGGCUCCUGGCAUUAUAUAUCGACCCAAUGCUGUGGGCAGAACUUUGGCCACCGUAAGAGUAGGACCAAAUCAUCAUGUCAUAUCAUUGGUAUCGAAAAUCGACCCUUCACCUGAUUGGAUAUUAGGAGUAUCCGGCUUAGAGCUAUGUUUAACAAACUGUACCUGGAUAGAGAAGAAAGUACUAAAUCUAUAUCCCUGGGAUAUAGGCACAGAUGCUGGGCCUUCAUAUAUGUCUCCCGAUCAAACUCAACAUCCUCCCGAUGUUAUACGACGUAUAACUUCUACCUUUCCCAGUGAUUAUCGUUCGCCCUUCUUUGAUGAAACGGGAGCACCCAUGAAACCUUUGGCCACUCUGCAUGUCAAUAGGAAAAGAACCUAUGAAAGAGAAUGUGAUUUUGAGGAAAGUGGUCCGUUGGAGUGUUCUACCCAUCCCUGGUCUAGCUGGAACGAAUGCAGUGCCAAAUGUGGUGCAGGCACACAAUAUCGUACUCGUUCCUAUAAAGACGUGAAGGUAGCGGAAAGUUUUAAUUGCAAAGUAGUUUUGAGACAAAAUCAAAAUUGCAUCGGCACUUUAUGUGGGUUGCAACAACCCGACUUACCGGGGGCUGAAUGUGAACUUACAACUUGGUCUGCAUGGUCGGAAUGUUCUAAGAAAUGCGGCAAAGGAUUUCAAUCUAGAACCAGAGAUUUCAGCAAUCCUUAUGCCAAGGAGAAAUGUCAGGUAAGUUCAGGUGUAUCAGUUGAUCUGCAUCAAAGUCGUAGUUGCACUGGUGAGAAUUGUGACGGCAGUAUUUAUACCUCUGCCUAUGAUAACAAUAACCAAAAUAUGUUUAAUACAAAUUUCGAGCAACAAGAACCGGAGCUAAAUCGUUUUCCAUCUACAAAGUUUGACAGGAAAGCCUUUGGUAAACAACAACCCGCCUGGAAAGUCACCGAAAUUGAAGAGGAACAACCAAACUAUGCAGCACCAUCAUUUAACAAUAUGAAUUUUAAUAAUGAUAAUUCCGAUUUCAGAUCUCAAGUCUUGCCACCCAAUAGAAAUGAUCGGGAGGAGUUUGUCAAUGUCAACAAUAUUUAUGGCAAUGAAAAAUUAGUGGGCGGCAAAAAGAGCAGACCCUAUGAGGAACAGCAAAUUGAAAACUCUAAUAUAUUUGGGGAAUCAGAAACCCCUUUUACGGAUAAUAGACGUCUAACGAAUAAUAGAAAAUCUUCCCUAAGACCCACACAACAAUAUGGCUUAGAUGCCAACAAUAUGGACAGCAAUAAGGAUGUAGACACUUUCAAUAAUCGUCGCGGCUUCACAAAUUCACGCCAUACCACCCCCAAGCCAAGUGAUUCUUACCAUUUCGUAACCAUUGAGGAGAAAAAUGAUAAAUACUGUUUAUUUAAGCCAGUGGGCAAUCCGGACCCUUGCAACACAAAACAAUUGGUAGUGAAAAACUAUUGGUUUUAUGAUGCCGAUGAUGGUGAAUGUAAACUCUUUACUGCGGAUAAUUGUGACCAGAAUAGGAAUAAAUUUAGGAGUAUGGAGAAAUGCUUGGAGUAUUGCUCGUACGUUGGCAUUAAGCAGAAUCAGGAUGAGAUGCCAGCUAAUAGAGAACGUUAUGGGAAUAGAGGCUUUGAGGUGCCACAGCAGCCGCCCUAUCAGCCGCGGUGGAAUUAA